CAAAACUUGAUAAAAGAUUUAAUUUCCACCCAUCAGACAGUUUGCUUGUUCACAACACCUCAUCAUUGAUGGCACUUGUGAGAGCAUCCGAUCCACAAACCUCCUCUGUUUCCAGUACUUGUCGAUAUUGUCGUUAUCACGUGUUCCUGAGUUUCAGAGGCCAAGACACUCGCAAGACUUUCACUGACCACCUCUACACGGCCCUUGUCAACGCCGGAUUUCGCACUUUCCGAGACUACGAUGAAGUCCAGAGAGGAGAAGGUAUCAAGCUCGAACUGCAGAAAGCAAUCAAACACUCACGAACUUCUGUCAUUGUGUUCUCGAAAGACUACGCGUCAUCCAGAUGGUGCCUUGACGAGCUGGUGAUGAUCCUUGAACGCAAGAGAAAGACCUCAAAUGACCAUGUCGUUUUGCCUGUCUUCUACGAUGUGUAUCCAUCCCAUGUAAAGAAGCAGACAGGAAGUCUUGCAAAGGCAUUUGCUGGACACCAAAAAACUCAACCGCUGCCGAAGGUGAAGGCAUGGAGAGAGGCACUUGCAGAGGUUGCAGAUCUGGCAGGGAUGGUCUUGCAAAAUCAAGCUCAUGGGUAUGAGUCAAAGUUCAUCAAGAAAAUAGUUAAAGUGAUUGGAGACAAACUAAGUCGCACACCAUUGAGUGUUGCUCCCAACUUGGUUGGAAUGCAUUCAGGAGUCGAAAGAAUUAAUUUCUUGUUACAACGGAGGUCAACUGAUGUUGGCAUACUUGUAAUCUAUGGGAUGAGUGGAAUAGGGAAAACAACCAUCGCAAAGACUGUUUACAAUUCAAACUUUAGAAUAUUUGAAGGAAGCAGCUUCCUUGAAAAUAUCAAAGAAGUUUCACAGCAACCCAAUGGCUUAGUUCAAAUACAAACACAACUUCUUUCUGAUAUUUUGAAUGGAAGAAAAAUGAAAAUAAGCAAUAUCAGUGAGGGAUUAAUUAAGAUUGAAGAUGCAAUAAGCUCUAAAAGGGUUCUUCUUGUUCUCGAUGAUGUGGAUCAUAUGGACCAAUUAGAUGCAGUAUUUCAAGUGAGAGAUCGAUUUUAUCCAGGAAGUAAAAUCAUCAUAACAACUAGGCGUGCAAGAUUGUUAAAGGCUCAUCAAAUUACUGAGGUGUAUGCAGUUGGAACUUUGACUCAAAAAGAAUCAUUGGAGCUCUUCAGUUGGCACGCUUUUGGCCAAGACCAUCCUGUUGAAGAUUACAAAGAAUAUUCAGAGAAGCUAGUCGAUCAUUGCGGAGGACUUCCAUUAGCUCUCAAAGUUUUAGGUUCUUCUUUGUUGGGGGAAAGUGUAUGUCUAUGGAAAAGUGCAUUGGAGAAGUUAGAAGUUAUUCCAAAUGGUGAAAUAAUAAAUAAACUAAGAGUAAGCUAUGACUGUUUGCAAGAUGACCAUGACCAAAAAUUAUUCCUCCACAUUGCUUGUUUCUUUAUCGGAAUGGACAAAGAUUACAUUGCUAAAAUACUAGAUGGAUGUGAUUUCUAUACAAUUGUUGGCAUUCAAAAUCUCAUCGAUAGAUGUUUGGUGAUUAUUGAUGGAUGGGACAAGGUGCAGAUGCAUGACCUGAUUCGUGGAAUGGGAAGAGAAAUUGUUCGCCUAGAAUCAAAGGAGCCUUGGAAGCGUAGUAGAGUAUGGCAUCAUAAGGACUCUUUCAAAAUCUUGACGGAAAAGAAUGGUACGGAAACAAUUGAAGGUCUUGUCCUCAACAUGCACAUGUGCCCUGCUAUAAACUCAAAUGAGAAAGUCUUGGAAACCAAUGCAUUUUCAAGGAUGCGGGAACUAAAACUACUCCAUCUUAGUCAUGUACAACUUGACGGAUCUUAUGCAGAAUUUUGUACAGAACUAAGAUGGUUGUGUUGGACUAAGUUUCCUUUGGAUUCUAUACCCGUUGAUUUUCCUUUGGAAAGCGUUAUUAUUCUUGAAAUGCAAUACAGCGGUCUGAGACAAGUAUUCAAGGGAACAAAAGGACUGUACGAAUGUGGUAUAUUCAGCACAUUUUUUGGUGGGAAUGAGGUUCCAGGCCAAUUCAGCCAUAAAAGCAGAGGGUCCUCAAUAUCUUUUACUGUGCCAUUACUUGAUAAUCACAGAACUCGAGGCUUGAUUGUCUUUGUUGUCUAUGUGAAUGCUGGCUAUGAUUCUCCUCCUAUUAUCCACCACAAUUAUUUGCCACAUAUAGGAGUCAAAAAUAAGAGCAAGGGUCUGAGGGGGGCGUAUGGCCCGUCACACUACGGUAUUCCAGGUGAAGGAGAAGACAUGAUAUGGUUAAGCAACUGGAAUUUGAAGGAUGGUCAGUUACAAGGGGGCGAUGAAGUGGUUGUUUCUGUAAUUAUGAAAUCCGGGCUUCUGGUAAAGGAGUUGGGCAUCCGACUUGUGCAGGUGCAACAAGAAGAGAAUCAUAAUAUGAUGGGUAUUUCCACAGAUUCUUCUUAUGGCCGUCAAAUAUGGUAUAAUAUGCGCCUUGGGGACUCUGAUGAAGAAGAUAAGAGAGAGGAGGUUUUCUCUCGUUUUGUAUGUUUACCAGACGAAGAAGAAGAGCAACAAGAUGAUAUCACAGUUGCAACCACCACAGGCAGCAAUAACUCAGGCGGCCUCCGUGGCUGGAAGGGACUGUAUGAGGAUGGUAUAUUCAGCACAUUUUUUGGUGGGAAUGAGGUUCCAGGCCAAUUCAGCCAUAAAAGUAAAGGGUCCUCAAUAUCUUUUGCCGUGCCUUUGCUUGAUAAUCACGGAAUUAAAGGCUUGAACGUCUUUGCUGUCUAUGAGUGUUUUGGCUCUGAUUUUCCUUACUAUGAGUGGUAUAGUAUGAGCCGUUAUUUUGUGCUUAUGGGUGUGAUGAUUAGAGUCAGAAAUAAGAGCGAGGGUCUAAAGUGGGACUAUUCACCAACACACUACGGUAUUCCAGAUGAAGGAGAAGACAUGAUAUGGUUAAGCCACUGGAAGUUUAAGGAUGAGCACUUAGAAAGUGGCGAUCAAGUGGUGGUUUCAGUAGAUAUAAAACAUUGCUUUCAGGUAAAUGAGUUGGGGAUCCAGUUUGUGCAGGUGGAACAAGAGAGUCAUAAUAUGAUGAGUACCACCGAUAUUUCAGACUACGUUCACAAGCUGCUUGUUUAUACAAUCCAUCCAGGCAGUUUACUUGUUCACAAACCUCCAUGGCACUUGUGA